AUGGCCCAAAUCCGCGGCACGGCGGGGUACAACCUCGGGCAUCAGAAUCCCUUCGUCGGCCCUGGCAGGGAGCACGCUACCAGCGACCCGAGUCCGUUGGAUGCCAUCCGGGAGCAGACCAGCAAGAUUGAGGACUGGUUAGAUACCGUCGCUGAUCCAAUCAAGCCACAUCUCCCGGCAAUCGGUCGAUUCCUCAUUGUGGUCACCUUCUUGGAAGACUCGCUGCGGAUAAUCACACAAUGGACGCCCCAGCUCGAGUACCUCCAUCAGUUCAGGCACAUUCCAUGGGGAUUAACACACCUAUUCCUCAUCGUCAACGUCAUCGCCAUGCUUUCUUGUUCCGUCCUUGUCGUUGCUCGCAAGCACAGUGAAUACGCUGUUGCUGGUCUCCUCGGUGUCGUGGUCGCCCAGGCUCUCGGAUACGGUCUCCUGAUCGACAUUACCUUCAUCGUCCGCAACCUAAGUGUCAUUGGUGGUCUCCUGAUGGUCCUCUCUGACUCCUGGGUACGCAAGAAGUUCAUGCCCGCCGGUCUCCCACAGCUCGAGGAGAAGGACCGCAAGAUGUACGUCCAGUUCGCCGGCAGAGUCCUGCUCAUCUUCUUGUUCAUUGGAUUUGUCUUCUCUGGUGAAUGGAGCUUGUGGCGAAUCAUCGUCAGCUGCAUUGGUCUCGUUGCCUCAGUCAUGGUCGUUGUUGGAUUCAAGGCAAAAUGGAGCGCGGUCAUCUUGGUCGUUGUCCUUAGUAUCUUCAAUGUCCUCGUCAACAACUUCUGGACACUCCACCCCCACCACCCUCACAAGGACUUUGCCAAAUACGACUUCUUCCAGAUCCUUUCUAUUGUCGGUGGUUUGGUUCUCCUUGUCAACAUGGGCCCUGGACAACUCAGCAUGGACGAGAAGAAGAAGGUAUACUAA